AUGCGCCUGGGACCGGGAGACCCUAAAGUCCGCGGAGCAGAUGAGGGGCCCAGGAGGCAGCGCUCCAGCGUCUCUGGAGGAAAGAAACCUCCCAAACGAAACGCCGUCUACAGACGACUUCAGAACUUCCUGUACAACGUUCUGGAGAGACCACGAGGCUGGGCCUUCAUCUACCACGCAUACGUGUUCCUGCUGGUGUUCUCCUGUCUGGUUCUGUCCGUGUUCUCCACCAUCAAAGAGUACGAGAAGAGUUCAGAGGACGCGCUCUACUUCCUGGAAGUGGUUACCAUCGUGGUUUUCGGGGUGGAGUACAUGGUGAGGAUCUGGGCGGCCGGCUGCUGCUGUCGGUACCGAGGAUGGAGAGGACGGCUGAAGUUUGCCAGAAAACCGUUCUGUGUGAUCGACAUCAUGGUGUUGGUAGCGUCCAUAUCGGUGUUGGCUGCCGGGAGUCAGGGAAACGUUUUCGCCACGUCAGCGAUCCGCUCGCUUCGUUUCCUUCAGAUUCUGAGAAUGAUCCGCAUGGACCGCCGAGGAGGAACCUGGAAGCUCCUGGGGUCAGUGGUGUACGCCCACAGCAAGGAACUGAUCACAGCCUGGUACAUCGGGUUCUUGUGUCUCAUUCUGGCGAGUUUCCUCGUUUAUUUGGCAGAAAAAGAAGACAACGAACAGUUUGAGACGUACGCCGACGCCCUCUGGUGGGGACUGAUCACCUUGACAACCAUCGGGUACGGAGAUAAGUUCCCCAUCACCUGGAACGGACGCCUGCUGGCUGCAACCUUCACUCUGAUUGGAGUUUCCUUCUUUGCUCUGCCUGCUGGAAUCCUCGGUUCUGGUUUUGCUCUGAAGGUUCAGGAGCAGCACAGACAGAAGCACUUUGAGAAGAGACGCAACCCAGCAGCUGGACUCAUACAGGCAGCAUGGAGGGUGUACGCCACAAAUCUGAGCCGAACCGACCUUACUUCCACCUGGGAUUACUACGAGACGACGGUGUCUGUCCCGAUGUACAGGCUGAUUCCUCCUCUCAACCAGCUGGAUCUACUGAGGAACCUCAAGAACAAGUCCGGACUCUCAUUCAGGAAGGACGCCCAGCCUGAACCGUCUCCCAGUCAGAAGGUCAGUCUGAAGGAGAGGGUCUUCUCGUCUCCCCGGAGUUCAGGGACCAAAGGGAAAGGUUCUCCUCAGCAUGUUCCUCCUAGUGGUCCGGGUGUGGGACCUGUAGUUCCUGGAGGUCCUGGGGGCCCAGGGGGAGUUCAGGCCCUGCGACGGUCCCCCAGCAUAGAGCCCAGUCUGGAGGAGAGUCCCAGUAAGGUUCCCAAGAGCUGGAGCUUCGGAGAACGCAGCAGAACCAGACAGGCCUUCAGGAUCCGAGGAGCUGCAUCCCGCCAAAAUUCUGAAGUGCUGAUAGAGAUGCAAGAUGAAGAGUUCAGACAGAAGAACUCCCCAGAGGCCAGCCUGCCUGGAGAAGACAUGGCCGACGACAACAAGAGCUGCCACUGUGAGUUCGUCCCGCAGGACCUGACCCCGGGGUUAAAGGUCACCAUCAGAGCCAUCUGUCUGAUGCGGUUCAUGGUCUCUAAGAGGAAGUUUAAGGAGAGUCUGAGACCGUAUGACGUCAUGGACGUGAUCGAGCAGUACUCAGCGGGACACCUGGACAUGCUCGCCCGCAUCAAGAACCUCCAGUCCAGGGUGGAUCAGAUCGUUGGUAGAGGAACACCAAUCACAGACAAAGACCGUCCCAAAGCAGCCAGUGAGGAGCUCCCUGAGGACCCGAGCAUGAUGGGACGGCUGGGGAAGGUAGAGAAGCAGGUCCUGUCCAUGGAGAGGAAGUUGGACUUCCUGGUAAACAUCUACAUCCAGCGAAUGGGAAUCCCUCAAGCCGAGACCGACGCCUACUUUGGAUCCAAAGAACCGGAGCCGGCGCCGCCGUACCACAGUCCGGUGGACCAGCUGGAGAAGAGCCAGUCCAUCCCCAAGAUCCUGCAGGUGUUGCCUAGCGACCACGUAGAGAAGGCUCGGUUCGGGAUGAAGAUGGUCCGCUCCAGCAGCUCCACCGGACACAGAAACAACAACGUCCCCACCUGCCCACCCUCUACCUCCUGGCAACCAAUCAGCUCCCAGCUGCACCAGGCCCCGCCCCCUCCUCCGCGUAGCCAUGGCAACACUCCGAGUCCGGUGGGGGACGGGUCGCUGGUUCGACUCCCGCCUCCUCCGGCCGGAGAAAGACACGGAGGGAACCGAACGAACCGCCACAGCGCCAGUGACCGAGGGGGGUCAGAGAGACCAGAGAAGGGAGGAGAGGGGGCCGCCGUGACCAGGGGAGGAGGAAGAGGAGGGGGAGGGGGAGGAGGAAGAGGAGGGGGAGGGGAGGAGGUGAAGCCGGAUAGUGACACUUCCAUCUCCAUCCCGUCCGUGGACCACGAGGAGCUGGCGCGCUCCUUCAGCAGCUUCUCCGUCUCCCAGUCCAGAGAGAACCUGGACUUCCUGGGCAGCAACUUCUACCCCCCCGCCUCCAGCCCGGGGGAGCGGGGGGGGCGGGGGGGGCGGGAGCGGGGGGAGAACGGCGCCCGCUGCGCCACCGUCCGACCGUACAUCGCGGAGGGGGAGUCGGACUCCGACUCGGAGCUCUGCGCUCGCUCACCGCACUCGGAUCAGGCCUGGACCGGAACCAAGUAG